UUUUUCAAGUGUUUGAAGUGAUCAAGUAUACAUACACCACCUGAUGGGAAUCUACAAUCUGUGACAUCAUCAACAAGUAAAAGACUAGGGCCUGUGCUGCCCUCAAAUGGUUUGGAAGACAGUUCCACAAGUGUGGUGCAGCAGAGAGGGAGGCUCAAUCCCCCAUGGUGUGGAGCUUAGUAAAGGGGGCAUGGAGGACCAAGCUGCUAGCAGAUCUGAGGGUGCAGAUGGAGAUGCACUGGAGAGCAAGCCGAAGAGCCUGUUGAAGUGUGAUGUCAGAAAAAGAGGCUACACCGCAAUCCUGUGUCAACCACUUGAUGUUGUUAAAAUGAGACAAAUGAGCUCAAAAGUGGAACACGGGGGUGUGUUUCACUGUCUAACAGAAACUGCAAAGUUGGGUCUGACGGCAUUCUACAAGGCUUGUGUUCCUGCAGCUAUUCAUCUCAUCCCACACACAAUCUUCACCUUUAUGUUCCUCCAACAACUGAGGCAGCAUUUUGGUGCAGUGGUUGUCACCUGGGAGAGUGUAUCACAGGAAAGUGACUCUCUAAGAUAGCAACAGCCAGCCUCCACAAUUUCUGUGGUCCUCCAUGUCAUACAUCAUAAUCAUCUGUGCUAAUUUUACAAACCAAACUUAGCUGGAGUCCACUCUGUACAACUAAUGACAAGAAGCAAGAGGGAGUCACAUACCAACAUGCAGUACGUCUAAAAAAAAACAUUUUUAUGCAACACUUUUUCAUCCAUAAGAAAAUGAAAGUGACUCAUGCAUUACCACACAAAGUUCCAAAUGAGGCCGUGAAAUACAAUGAAAUCUGAUGUGAUUUGUUUUUCUAUUCUUGUGUCUUCCAGAGCCAUCUAGAAACACAGAUGAGUUGAAUUAUCAGGUUGUGUUUACUUGUACUGUCAAAUCACCUGAAAUGAGCGAUUCUGCUAAAAGAAUGACAAAGGUUGUAGCCAACAAGCAGGUUUAUGAAACUUGAAAAUUGUCUUUAAAAUUAAUAUUAACUGAUACAUCACGUUGAGUCCUGCACCAGGCAAUUGUAUUUCUUUACUAGGCACUUGUUGCCCUCUGGGGGGAAGUGUUACACUGGAAAUUAGUGUGCUUAUGAUUACAUGAAGUGUGUUUAUGUCCAUGUUUCUAUUCUUUGUAAGCUUUGAACAGAUUUGUGCCACACAACCUUUGAUGAGCACUGCCAAAAUAUGAAUGUUGUUUAACAUUGUUGACACUGCAAAGCAUCAUUUUCACAUUUGUUGUCAAGUUAGGAGUUGAGAUAAGAGAAAGAAAGAUUUGGUUGGCAGUAGGAACAUCCAAAUAAAUGUUCAUGUAAAUACAAUGAAUGCAUAACUUAAUUUCUGGGAAAAAUCAGUAAUUUACAACAAA